AGAAAUUGUUUUGAAUGUUUACGUUUGCACCUGGUGCAACUGUCGUCAAUUAAGUGUAUCCAGUCGCCAGACGCGACUUCUCCUUGAAUAUCAGAUGCAUAAUGCGGCUCUGUCAGUUUUUAGUUGCCGCCUGCUGCAUCCACGUGCUGAUUGCAAGUAAUCAUUGGGUGGUAAAGGAUGAGCGCAUUAUACAGAAACUCGACUCGCCGUUUUUUAUGCGGGAGCCGCACAACCUGAUUGCAUUCCUCGAGCAGAUCCGCUACAAUGAGUACGUGGAGAGCAGCUAUUUGGAACUGCUGCGCAAGCGGGAGCAGAUCGUCGAGCAUUUACGCUUUUCGAUGCGAUUUGGCGAAGAUCUUGCCGAGCAGGCCAAAUGCGCCAUGGACUACUAUUUGCUCGAGAAGCGAAUGUCCUACCUGAAAAUCACUCCAGAUCAGUUGAAGCGCAUCAAUCUACCGGAGCAGCGAGAACUGCAGCGGACCGCAAUCAAUACAAAAAUCGAACGUGCUUUGGAGCCGAUAUGCAACAAUUACCAUGAGCUGAGUGUUGGCCCAGCCACAUACGAUCAUCUGGAGAGUUUUCGACAGGAGGUGCUAGACUCGGCGUAUGUGGAGCGCGAGUAUGACAGCAACAUUGGCACCGCCACUGUCGAGCUGACCCGUCGCUUUGCUUUGGAGGGACUCCAGCGGCAGCCCGAUUCGUGGAAGUUUCACACGUUGAGCUCGUACUAUUGGCGCAUGCGCGGCAAUGCGCUCCAGGCGUUGCCUUGUGCCCGUCUGGCUACCAUGCUGGCGCCGCCGGAGCACAAGGAUAUUGCGCUGCUCAGCCUGGGCACAAUACUGUUUCGGAUGGGCCGGCUGGCCGAUGCCGAUCUAAUACUGAGCGCUGCCGUGGAGCAUGCACCGAAAGUGGCCGAAAAUCAUGUUGUACUCGCGUCGGCAUUGGCCAUGAAGCACGAUUUCAAUCGUUCGCAACAGCAUUUCGAUAUGGCGGAGCGUCUGGAUCCCAGCACACUGCCACGGACGCAACAGGUGCGCAAUUUCAUCACUUGUUUGGAGAACCUCACCAAGAAGACGUCCAAGAUGUAUAGCUAUGUGAAGUACAUGAAGAACGAGGUGAAGGAGUUCAAGAAACUGAAAUAUCAUAUAUCUCAGAAUCACGAGAGACUUAUACAGCAGCAGUUGCCGCUGGGAGCGCGUCGGUUUCUGGACUCCCGGGCCAACAAUGAUGAUCUGCAUCGACGCGGACAAUACUGCAGUACACGCACCCCCAACGGAUCCGAUGAGCCAGUGCUCUUCUGUGACUUCUACUCGGACAUGCAAAUGCGGCUCGAAAGCAAAGAUAUCGAUAUCGAUGUCCUUGAGCGCGAUCUGAUGGCAAAUACGGAGAGCGUCAUCCGACAGGUGUCUACGGAAAUACGAAAGCAGUUCAAUUUAGAGCAGCUGAAGGCGGCCAAGGCUCAGAUGCCGGCAAAGGCCACAAAAUCUACGUAAGGAUUCAUUUGCUACAAUUCAAAGGCAUUCCUCACAUUUCGGUCACAGAUUAGCUUUUAAAAUGGUUAUUAAUUUGUACAUUACUUAAUUUGUAAGAUGCAAAUAUUUUUUUUUGUAUGUAUAUAUGCUAUAUAUAAGUAGCUAUUGUUAAUGCUAGGGUAUAUAUAUGUAUAACUGUAUAGCUUAGGCAGGUAGCAUGCCAUCCACUCUCUCCACUUGUCGCAAAAGAUUAGUUUUUAAAACUUGUGUCGCAUUCGUAAACGUUUCACUGGCCAUCAUUGCCUUUUAAAUCUGCCAGGAGUAUAGUUUUUCUUCACAUUCUUAUUUAGUUUGUAAUACACACGAAAAUUUCCCUGAAAUCAACGUAUCCAACACAAAUAUAGUUUACUUUUGCAACAAGAUACACUCAU